UUUGUAAUGUCCCGUUCGCGCACACACCAAAAUCAAGACAAACAUCUCUCUGUUUCUCUCCGCUUCUCUGCUACGCUGGAAUGGAGAGCCUGUGGCGAUCGGCAACCGGCCAAGAUCCAAGUCCAGAGGAUUACAAGGGCGUCGAAUUCUGGAACAGUCCCGAACGCGCCGGCUGGCUCAACAAGCAGGGUGAAUACUUCAAAACCUGGCGUCGCCGUUGGUUCGUUCUGAAACAAGGUAAACUCUUAUGGUUUAAGGACUCUGUUGUUACUCGCGCUUCCAUUCCACGCGGUGUGAUCCCUGUCAAUACCUGCCUCACUGUCAAGGGCGCUGAGGAUGUCCUCCAUAAGCCUUGCGCCUUCGAGCUCUCUACCACUGGUCAAGAUACCAUGUAUUUUAUCGCCAAGUCGGAGCGCGAAAAGGAGGAGUGGAUUAAUUCGAUCGGCCGCUCGAUAGUUCAGAAUUCGCGAUCGGUUACCGAAUCUGAAGUCGUUGAUUACGAUAACAGGCGAUGAUUUCGACGUUUAAGACUUUUCUUCGUCUUUCACUCUCUUUAUGUACAGAAACGAUGCGAGAUUUGGUCUCGGAUGAUCGCGAGAUGACUACCUUUCGUCGGUUUGGUAUUAUCGAAUUCUGUUUCCAUAUCUCUGGUUGUUAAAAUUAUGGCGGUGAUGUGAAUCGAAAUGAAUCUCCUCUACUUCGUUUUCUCUUUGUUUCCGAACUUUCUGUCAGGCAUAAUCCUUAUUGCUCGGUUUUUCUUGUGUAUUUGAUCGCCAAUGUAGAAUGGAAAAUUGCGUGCCUACCGGAGUGUUCAGAUUCCGGUUUAGUAUACUGAUUAAUAGCUUUUGUUCUGAGAUCA